AUGGUGCGUCGUAACAGAAAGAGACUCUUUAAGUUGGUACUCACCAUUUGCGCCGCAGUAUUUUGUGGUGGAUUUCUGCUGAAAGUUGCUGUGACAUCUUUAGAACUUCAGACGUCAUUAAUGGUGGCAGUAGAGCACGAUCGAGGUGAAAAUUUGCUGACACGAUUGUCUGGAAUAGGUGGCUCUCAACAGACAAAGGAACCACUUAGAAAAUCUUGGUAUGAGCCAAUCAGCGUAAUUAUUCCCCAUGGUCCUGGGGAGCAAGGUGCGCCAUUCGUUUUGCCAUCAGGGCUGGACAAGACGAAAGAAGAGCUAUACAAAGAAAACGGCUUCAACGCUCUUGUCAGCGAUUUCAUAUCUCUAAACAGAACAUUGCCAGACAUUAGACAUCCAAACUGUAAAGCUAAGGAAUAUUUAUCGAGGUUACCAAAGGUUAGCGUAGUGAUUCCUUUCCAUAAUGAACAUUGGACCACUUUGCUUAGAACAGUGACCAGCGUGGUCAGUCGGUCACCGAUCGAACUUAUUCGAGAGAUAAUUCUUGUGGAUGAUUACAGCACUAAAGCUCAAUUAAAAAAUCCACUUGAUCAAUAUGUGAGGCAGCAUUUUUCCAAUGUUCGUGUUGUUCGAGCGAACAAAAGAGAAGGUCUGAUUCGUGCUAGACUCUUAGGUGCCAAAGCCGCAGUGGGGGAAAUCCUUGUCUUCUUAGAUUCGCACACUGAAGCCAAUGUGGACUGGUUACCGCCACUGCUAGAACCUAUCGCACUAAAUCGGAGGACAGUAACCUGCCCAUUCAUAGACGUAAUCGACUAUGAAACUUUGGGUUACCGUGCUCAAGAUGAGGGUGCUCGAGGGGCCUUUGAUUGGGAGCUUUACUACAAACGUUUGCCUUUGUUGCCAGACGACCUCAAACAUCCGGCAAAUCCUUUUAAGAGUCCUGUCAUGGCUGGAGGCCUUUUUGCUAUAGAUCGUAGUUUCUUUUGGGAGCUUGGUGGCUACGACAGUGGCUUAGAUGUCUGGGGUGGUGAACAAUAUGAGCUCUCUUUUAAGAUAUGGCAAUGUGGAGGUCAAAUGCUAGACGUGCCUUGUUCCCGAGUAGGGCACAUUUACAGAAAAUUUGCUCCAUUUCCAAACCCUGGCUUAGGGGACUUUGUUGGCAGAAACUACAAGAGAGUGGCCGAAGUUUGGAUGGAUGAGUACAAAGAGUUUCUAUACAUGCGAAGACCUCAUUAUAGAGUCAUCGAAGUUGGAAAUCUGACGGAACAAAAGGCCCUGAGAAAAAAACUAGAGUGUAAAUCUUUUCGGUGGUUCAUGGAAAAUGUUGCCUUUGAUCAACCAAAAAAGUAUCCUCCGAUCGAGCCACCGGACUAUGCCAAAGGAGAGCUUCGCAGUGGUGCUGGAGAUUUAUGCAUAGAUACCAAGUUUCGAAGACAAAAUGAGAGAUUUGGUUUAGAUACUUGCAUUAAAGACAAUCCAAAUCAAGGAGGAGAACAGCAAUUUGUUUUAUCUUGGCAUAAAGAUAUCCGUCCUGUCAAACGCAGUGUAUGUUUUGACGUUUCAAGUUCAGAAAAACACGUUCCUAUUGUUUUAUGGAACUGCCAUGGCAUGCAGGGUAAUCAAUUAUGGAAGUACGAUAUGGAAAGCCAACAUCUGGUGCAUAUGUUGACAGGAACCUGCCUUGACUGUGAUUUAAAGAAAAGAGAAAUUUUUAUGAACCCUUGUGAUCGUAAUAAAAAGACUCAAAUUUGGCGAUUUGAAAUGAUCAAUGCAACAGCAAUCCUUAACUGGUGA